AUGGAUAUCGUUUCAGCUAAAAUUCCUGAUAUUCGCGGAGUGUUUCAUCAUGUUAAUGCAUUAGCUACACAGCUACGUCAACAUGUACAACAAGUGGCUAGUACACAAAGUACUAAUACCGAAUCAAACAUCCCUGGCGAAGGUAUAACAACACGUACUUUGUGCUCAAAACGAAUAAAAUUCAAAUGUUUCCAAAUGCUUACUCGUAUUCUCUGUCAGACAUCGCCGCCUGAAACUACUGCAAAGCAGCAACUGCUAGAAUAUUGUCGUCAGGCUAACAUUGCCGAAGAAUUUGGUGAGUAUGAACAGCUUGAAGAAUUUGAAAAUGAGUAUGAUGCUGAUAAGUCAGUUUAUUGGUAUACACGUGAAUCAUUUCUGUUUCGAUUAUUGAGCAAAGCAGCUCGACAGUGGGAUGUCGACGUGCUGCUUGAUUUCGGAUUCUAUAUAUCCAAUCUUGACAAACAAUUGAGACAAUUACAUCGAGAACAACAAACUCGUUUUAUGACUAAUAAUCGGUUAUUUCGUGUCUAUCGUGGGCAGUUUAUGAAUAUGAGUGAACUUGAAAAACUUCAAAAUAAUAUUGGUAGUUACAUAUCAAUUAACACGUUUUUGUCAACUACCGAAGAUUACGAAUUUGCUCUUUGUUACGCUCAAUCACCUACCGACAUGUAUGAAAAUGUUUUGUUUGUUAUCGAUAUUGAUACGACUGCUGAUGUUAUGAAAUCGUUUGCACAUAUUGAAAAUUUAAGCGCAUUUAAGUCUGUGAAAGAAGUGCUUCUUACCACAGGAACAGUAUAUCGAAUUCGUUCCAUUAAAAGAACAACCGGUAUUGAUAAAGAUAAUGUGUUUGUUAAUUACUGGAAAAUUCAUCUUAUAACUUGUAAUAGCGAAAAUAGCUUUAGUAGCGAUGAUUUUGACAUCAUAAUAUUACACCUGAUAGAUAUUUUACGUCAUUUAUCGUCGAAAACCAAUACUAUGAAUGAAAUGAUGUUAAAACGAUGUCGAUCAUAUUGUAUGAGAAAUGCCGUUGAACUGCAGAAAAUUGAUUGUUUUGAAAAAAAGGUAUCGCUCAGGUGA